CCCGCCCGCCCGCCCGCCGCAGCCGCAGUGGCCGGCGCCGCAGCGAGGAGCCAUGGGCAACAUCUCCUCCAACAUCUCGGCCUUCCAGUCCCUGCACAUCGUGAUGCUGGGCUUGGACUCGGCGGGCAAGACCACGGUGCUCUACCGGCUCAAGUUCAACGAGUUCGUGAACACGGUGCCCACCAUCGGCUUCAACACGGAGAAGAUCAAGCUGAGCAACGGCACGGCCAAGGGCAUCAGCUGCCACUUCUGGGACGUGGGCGGCCAGGAGAAGCUGCGGCCGCUGUGGAAGUCGUACAGCCGCUGCACGGACGGCAUCAUCUACGUGGUGGACUCGGUGGACGUGGACCGGCUGGAGGAGGCCAAGACCGAGCUGCACAAGGUGACCAAGUUCGCCGAGAACCAGGGCACGCCGCUGCUGGUCAUCGCCAACAAGCAGGACCUGCCCAAGUCCCUGCCGGUGGCCGAGAUCGAGAAGCAGCUGGCGCUGCACGAGCUCAUCCCGGCCACCACCUACCACGUCCAGCCGGCGUGCGCCAUCAUCGGCGAGGGCCUCACCGAGGGCAUGGACAAGCUCUACGAGAUGAUCCUCAAACGCAGGAAGUCCCUCAAGCAGAAGAAGAAGCGGUAACGCGCCCGGCCGCGGCCCGCGGCGGGGUCCGCCGGGGACGGAUGGGCGGAUGGAUGGAUGGACGGAUGGACGGACGGAUGGACGGAUGGGUGGGUGGAAGGGGCCGGGCGCGGAACCCCCCGCCCGCCCGCCCGCCCGCCCGCCGCCCGCCAACAAAGACAGCGAACCAAAGCGACGCUUCGGAUUUAAAAACACAAACCUAAC